AUGACGGAAAACGCGGCAAAGAGAAUGAAGAUGGAGGGCGGCGGCGUCAAGAUCGGCACCCACAACGGUCACUUCCACGCCGACGAGGCCCUGGCCGUCUACAUGCUACGGCUCCUACCCACAUACGCCGGCUCCUCCCUCGUCCGCACACGCGACCCGGCCCUGCUGCAGACCUGCCACACCGUCGUCGACGUGGGCGGCGAGUACGACGCCUCGGCGAACCGCUACGACCACCAUCAGCGCACCUUCACCACCACCUUCCCGGGCCGCCCGACCAAGCUCUCGAGCGCCGGCCUGGUGUUCAUGCACUUCGGCAAGAGCAUCAUCGCUCAGCACAUAUCGCAACCCGAGGACAGUGACGAGGUCGGUGUACUGUGGAACAAGCUGUACGAGUCCUUCAUCGAGGCGCUGGACGCCCACGACAACGGCAUCUCGGCCUACGACCCGGCCGGCAUAUCAUCCGCCGGUCUGGAGAAGCGCUUCAGCGACGGCGGCUUCACCCUGGGUGCCAUGGUCGGCCGGCUGAAUCCCAACUGGAACGACCCUACCCCCUCUGACCCGGUCGAGGCGCAGGCCGCCGAGGACAGCAAGUUCCUGCUCGCCAGCGCACGCAUCGGCGAGGAGUUCGCGCGCGACCUCGAGUACUACGCCAAGGCCUGGCUGCCGGCGCGCACCAUCGUACAGGACGCCUGGGCCAAGCGCACGCAGUACGACCCGGAGGGCCGCAUCAUGGUGUUGGAGGGCCAGGCCGUGCCGUGGAAGGAUCACCUAUACACGCUGGAGGAGCAGGAAGGGGCGAAAGACGGGAAGAAGGUGUUGUAUGUGCUGUACCCGGAGAAGCCCGUGCCGGAUGCGAAGUGGCGCAUACAGGCCGUGCCCGUUACCAAGGACUCCUUCCAGAGCCGCAAGGCCCUGCCCGAGCCGUGGAGGGGCGCCCGAGACGCACAGCUGGACGAGGUCAGCGGUGUGCCCGGCGGCGUCUUCAUACAUGCGUCUGGCUUCAUUGGUGGGAACAAGACAUUUGAUGGUGCCAAGGAGAUGGCUGCCAAGGCGUGUGCAUUCUAA